GUUUGAAAGAUAUGAAGAUGGGUGCAAUCUUUGGAAUCACUCUCCUUUUGCUUCUUAUGUUUGUCAACAACAUAGAGUCAAGACAUGAACCAGGAGAACGCUGGAGUAACGUGGAAGCAAAAGAAGAUAGCGUUGAAGACAAGCAACCUGAAAAUGAAAAACGGUUUGUCAAGGAUAUAGAACCAAGACCAAGUGCUACCUUUUAUCCAAAAGAGGCCGAAAAGAAAUCAUUUUUUAAAGACGUUGAGCCACGACCAAGUGCCACAUUUUACUCAAAUGACAACGUUAAAACCUUAGUUUUUGACAAAGAUAUCGAGCCACGACCAAGUGCCACUUUUUACCCCAAUGACAAUGUCAAGACUAUACUUUUUGACAAAGAUAUUGAGCCACGACCAAGUCUCACGUCAUACCCAAGUAUCACCGCGUAUCCUCACGAUCUCAACCCAAAAAUUUCCUCUACUGAUUGUCACGACGAAGCUGACAUACAGCUCACACGAGCUUAACGUCAUGUCAAUAACAACCACGGGAGAAGGAAGUUUAUGAUAUAUGACAGUAAAAAUGAUGGAGCUUUGAAGAAAGCUUAAGCUAUGAUCCAAUUACUUGUGGUUUGUAAUUUACUUUGUGUGUUGAAUGUAGUGUGAUUUGUGAAAUAAAUAAAUAUUUUGUGUUCAAGAA